GUUGGACAGUAGCUCGCAUCCGAGUUACUUCAACAAUUUUUGUUUUCACUCGCCUACUGGGCCGACAGCAACGCGCAUAUGGCGACAGCUCGGACGUCAUUCGCAUCGUUCGGACAUGUUCGGCAGUAGCUCGCCACUGUCAGCCCGCAAUUAGGAAGCAGAAGCUGUAUUUUACGUGUGCUGCGCCAAAAGCGUUUACCCAAUUCAAAAUGGGCUCAGAAAGGAGGUCUUCUGAGAAUAAUAUUACAUUCAUGAAUCUCUACAGAGAACCAGAAAACCUAUGGAAUUGUUUUGAUAAAAAUCAUAAAAAUAGAGAUAUGAGAAAAGCAUCUUUGCAAUACAUUGCAAACGAAAUGAGUCUAGUUAACACCAAUGAGGUAACUCGGAAAAUAAAAAAUUAUGAUCUACCUAUAACCAAGAACGCGCGAAAAUCGAAAAAAGUAAAAAGAGUGGAUCUGGGUCGGAAAAUGUUUACAAGUCAUCCUUAAAAUGGUUCGAUAUAAUGGAUUAUAUAAUGAAAACAAUUAAUUUGAAAGAAAAGGAAACAACAAGCAAUCUGCCUGACGAUACACCAUCGGGAUCCAAAAUUUUGGAAGAUGAUGUUAGUCGGGACAUUGAUGAUAAAACUGAUAAUAAAUCAAUCGACUCCAGCGACAGCUCGUUGAUCAAAAAUAAAAAUCCAGCUCAAGUUAAAAAUAAAAUAAAGUACCCAAGAAACGAGUGGAAUUGCAGCAGCUAUUAAUGAGCUUAAACAACUAAAUAGUACUAUACAAACUUCCAGUUGUUUUCUCAGCAAUGUCAUGAGUACGAUGUUAUUGGAAAACAUGUCGCUAUUCAACUGAGACAGCUGCCAUUACUCGAUUUUAUAGACGCCAAAGAUGAAAUCCAACAAGUACUUUCCCGAUACCGAAAAAAGCUAUAUAUGCCCGAAACACAUCUGCGUUUUCCUCAUAUAAUACAUCGUCGCAAACGUCCUAUAUAUCGAUGACAUCACCAGGAUCCAGUGAACCAGUGAUUCAUUCCAGGACCUGUCCCAAUAUCUGAUCGGCCCGCAGAAACAGUUUCUCGGCAGCCAGUUCAAACAGUUGUUGGACAACCAUCAAAUGCAUCAUGAUAUGAACAAUAUUCAAUAACUUUUAUCCUCUGUGUUAGUUUUGUGUUAAUUUUGUAUGACUUGGUUUGUCUUUAAUAAAUGAAUGAAUUUAUGUAUGAUCCACACAUGUGCCAUUGAAUAAGUUAACUGAACCUUUGAAGAAUCAACUCAUGAAACACUUACCACAUUUCUACUUACCUGCAAAUAUUCGUCCAAAGCUUCAUACAUAACGUCACAAACUUCUGGAAUAAAUUUUGAUAUGGAGGAUUUUUAAAUCCUGAAAAAUAUUGCUAACAGCCUGUAUGAUAUUCCUGAGCUUAGAAAACACAUGACUACUUCUAACUUUA